CGAGAAUCGGACCCCUCGCACGCCAGCCCACCACAUCAACCGACCCCCUCGCCCGUCAAUCAGCCACACCCACGCAAACCACACUAUGGAUACAAACAUGGAGGAUGUCAGGGCAGAGCCAAUGCAGCCUUCUUCCGUCCCUGCCACAGAGCCGACUACGAUUCCCACACUUGAUGGGUGGAUUGAGAGUUUGAUGAGUUGCAAGCAGUUGGCAGAGAGCGAUGUCCAAAGGCUGUGUGACAAGGCGCGCGAGGUGCUUCAGGAAGAGUCGAAUGUACAGCCUGUGAAAUGUCCUGUUACAGUGUGCGGUGAUAUACACGGUCAAUUUCACGACCUGAUGGAGUUGUUCAAAAUUGGCGGCCCCAACCCUGACACCAACUACUUGUUCAUGGGCGAUUACGUCGAUCGUGGAUAUUUCUCCGUUGAGACUGUAACUCUCCUAGUUGCUCUCAAGAUUAGAUACCCCCAGCGCAUUACGAUUCUGCGCGGUAAUCACGAAUCACGUCAAAUCACCCAAGUAUACGGUUUCUACGACGAGUGCCUACGCAAAUAUGGAAAUGCGAACGUCUGGAAGUACUUCACCGACCUCUUCGAUUAUCUUCCUCUUACCGCCUUGAUCGACAACCAGAUCUUCUGUCUUCACGGUGGAUUGUCUCCUAGUAUUGAUACUCUGGAUAACAUCCGGGCCCUCGAUCGGAUACAGGAAGUUCCCCACGAAGGACCCAUGUGCGAUUUGCUCUGGUCUGACCCUGAUGAUCGUUGUGGCUGGGGUAUCUCCCCUCGUGGUGCUGGGUACACCUUCGGGCAAGAUAUUUCGGAAGCCUUCAAUCACAACAACGGGUUGACACUGGUAGCGCGAGCGCAUCAACUGGUCAUGGAAGGUUAUAACUGGUCUCAGGACAGAAAUGUGGUGACCAUCUUCUCUGCACCCAAUUACUGCUACAGAUGCGGUAACCAAGCUGCUAUCAUGGAAAUUGAUGAGCACCUGAAAUACACCUUCUUGCAAUUCGAUCCUUGCCCACGCGCGGGCGAGCCUAUGGUUUCGCGCAGAACGCCCGACUACUUCCUGUAG